AUGCUGAGGAUAUGUCAACUUAAUACACAGGCUGUGAUUGAGGUUGGUAUUGUUUCACUUCUUGUCCAACUGCUUCAAAAUGAUGUAUUUGAUAUACAAGAGGCAGCUGCUGCGGCUAUUUAUAAUGCCACGACCGUGGGAACUAAUGAGCAAAUUAAGUUCUUGGUGGACGAGGGUUGUAUAAAGCCACUUUGCCUUGAGAACAUUCUGAAGGGUGGAGAAGCUGAGAAGAACCAAUGUAACACCGAUGAUGUGAAUGUCUUUGCUCAGAUGAUUGAUGAUGCUGGAGGUAUACAGAAGAUUAAGGACCUCCAGACUGAUCACGAUGACAGACAAAUACGCGUAAAUGCCAUGAGGACACUUAAAAAAUAUUGGCCGGAAGAGGCCACAAAAUCCAAAUUCUCUAUGAACUACUUUUCAUAUGCACGGGGUCAUAUGAUUGAUGAUGCUGGGGGUCUUCAAAAGAUUAAGAACCUACAGACUCAUGACGACAGUGAAAUAUGCGAAAUAGCCUUGACGAUACUGGUAACUCAUUGGCAGGAAGAGAUUGAUGAGUAUUGCCUACGGGUGAUGCGCCGCUAUAGUUUCCCUUAUUGCUUCUUGUUGGAACCACGAAGUCGGCCUCUACCCAGUCUGCCUAGAUGUGGCUGCGACUGCGGCUGCGAAGGAGUUGCGACAGAUGGUGGAGUUGCCAUAGACUUGAAGAAAGUCCUAGUAGUCGACGGAGGUGGAGAGACGAGCCGAUAUAUGCUCAGUAGGUUCUUGUCCCGGAUACAGAGGUGGCGUCGCCCUGACAUCAAGGUUCUGUCAACUGAGCUCUUCCAUCCACGUCUGCUCUUUUAUGCCUGUUACGGUAAUGAAAAUGAGAAAAGUUGA